AGACCGAUUCCGAUUCAUUACAAAACCUAUGUCUUUUUAGUGUUUUAUACCAACUAGUACUUCUCUCUCUCUCUCUCUAGAUUAGUAAACAGCUUUUCGACUUUUUAUGCUUUCUACUGAAAGUCCUCUCAGAUCCUGUCCUAGCUCUUCUUCAGAUCAGUGAAUCCUUUUUCGAUUUCUUAAACUUUGAUUUCUUCUAAGUCCUAACCAUUAUCAUGAGUGCCAUCAGGAAUGAGUUGGUGAUCUCUGUCUUUAAGCUAAUGGCUUUCAGAUGAUUCGCUGCUUCCUUCUCUUCAACCUCCGAUCUGGGUUUUGGUUUUAACUUUAUACCCAAGUAAAAAGCUAGUAAUUAGGGUUUAGAGGUUUACCCUCUUCUUCGUGAAUCGUUGCAAAGGUACAAACUUUAUAGAAAAUUCGGACAUGAUUCAGCUACUGUUUGUAAUUCUGUUCGUGGAGGGUGCUAUUACAUUCUUGUUGCUGAUAAAGAUUGGUCCUUUGAGGGAGCUUGUGAUUAAAAGCCUCGACCAGAUGAAGAUGGGGAAAGGUCCCGCCACUGUGAAAACCAUCGCUGGGACCAUGGCUGUUAUCCUCUUCUCCAAUCUCAUGAGCAUUGUCAAGAUCCAGAACAAAGGUGCGAAGCUCGGGACUAUGUCUCCCAUGGAUCAGGUUCUUUGGCGAACCCACUUGCUUGAAGCCUCUCUAAUGGGAGUGGUACUUUUUCUUGGCUUCGUGAUUGACAGAAUGCACCACUACAUGAGAAAGCUGAUCAACUUUAGAGGCAACGUUGGAUCAUCUAGAGAAGAACUUGAACAGCUCCAGAAAGAGAGGACCGAACUGAAGGAGAAAGAGGAGAAGGCGUCCAAGGAGAUCAAGCAGCUUCAAGAAAAACUGUCAUCUAUGUCAGAGAGAGUUAAGAAAGCAGAGACGGAGUGUAAAGAGAAAGAAAAGAAGCUGGAAGCAGCUGAAACACAUGUCGCUGCUCUCCAGAAACAGUCUGCAGAGCUGCUUCUUGAGUAUGAUAGUUUGCUAGAAGAUAACCAAAAGCUCCAAAGUCAAAUUUUGGGGAAAACUAAGAGCUAAUGUAAGAAUUGCUGGGUUUGUCAUUUUACCAAGGUUGUUUUUUUUGGGAGUAUUGUUAACAAUGGUGAUUGGGAAGAGAGUUUUUCUUAAAUGAAGGGUUGCUGUUGAGUUCUUGCAUCAGUCUUGUAUUUGAGACUUUUGAGUAUAUGGUGGAUGUUGAAUGUCUGA